AUGUCCCCUGUCCGGGCAGUAGGCAGGCAUCUCGGCCCAGGACUAGCCAAGGGGACCAGAGGUCUGAGAGGACCUGGCAACCUCCAGCAUGGUGUCUUUGGCUUCUUCCAAAGGCUCCCGGCCUUCCUUCACGUGCAAGCGAGGCUGGACUGCUGGUCAGGCCGAGCACGGAGGCCGCAGGGGCUUAGGGAGCUAGCAAUGGCCGGAGGCCCACACUGUGGACCCUCCUCUGGGAGCUUGCCCACCCUGGGGAGGCCUAGCGCGCAAGCACAUCAGGCUGUGCAUCUUCCGGAGGUGGUAGUCGUAGCCCAGUUUUCUCUGCUCUAUGCUCAAGGUGAAAUGUGGCCUAACUCAAAAGCCCAGGAUGACUUAAGGUAUCUAAAUGAGAAUUCACAGUCAGGAAGAGCAGAGGAGAGAAGAGAGGAGAGGAGAGAAGAGGAACACACAGAGGGAGGGAGACCAAACCCCCUCUUUGCAGCUUUGAAAGCUUCUGAAUUUCAAGCAGAAAGUAGAAGGAGCCCCACACAGCAAUAUUCGUCUUUUCUUGGGCUGCGUGUGCAGAGCGUAGACAAUGAAAAUUUCCAUCCCCCUCCCCCAUGCUCGCUAGUCUACAAGAUUUUUGUUUCUUUCCUUCUCAACGAUGGAAGCUAUGUAGAAUCAAAUAUACAGAUACGCGCAUUCAUUUUUUUAAAGCACAGCCUAACAAACCAAACGAGCUGCCUGCGGAUUAUCCAAACGCGCACCUGCUGGGAGCGUUCUGGGGUCUCUGCACAAAACCUGCUUUUGAGCUCUUUGGCUUCCUCCGAGCUGGAGCCCGUCCUUCCCCCUGGCCCACUCUGCCGCGCAAGGGAUGCUGUGAAAAGAUCCGCUGCCCACCGCCUGCGGCCCGCUGUCCAGAGGGCUCCGCCCAUAGAGGUCAACACCCCUCACUCUUCCUUUUUCCAGCUCGCUCUCCCUCCGCCGAGCCCAGACUCGGUCCUCGUCCAGACUUUUGCCAUAGAGUGCAUAUCUGCUGCACUGCCCUUAACCUACGCCCGGAGCGGGCUCAGACCCGAUCUCUGUUCUCCAGAGCCUGAGGAUGCCCGAACAAGCAGCCUUUUCUCCCUGCAGUAAAACCAUAGCCAGACCAGAUGCGCCCCAGCUCUCCCGGGACUUGGCAGGUGCUGUUGAGUUAAUUUUUCCGCCAUACAAAGAAGGAUAACCUAGCCCGCCCUGGGAUUCUGAUCUUUUCCCAAAAUUUCCCAACCAAAAUCGGGGUAUCAGAGGCAUAUCAGUGUGCUUGUCGGACCUACAAACACGCAUGCUUAUAUUCGCUUUUAUCUGCUAGAUUUCUUCUCCAGCAGCAGGAGA